AUGUCAAUAUCAUUGCUUUUUUCUGGCAUUACGAUCUUAGGGGUGAUACUCAUUUGCUUUGUAAUUUACAUUGUAUUUACAGUAGCAUGGUACUUAUAUGGUAGGCAAAUACUAUCUGCUCCAACAUUAAGCCAGCAGGAGGACCCAGCGAAGGAGAAGUGCUUUAGUUCCCAGAAACUGAAGCCGGAUGUGAUCACAUUCAACUACAAGAAAGAAUUGAGUGAUUAUCCAAAUCACGAAAAAGAGAAUUCUGAUCAAAAUGAAUGCGUGGUGUGCUUGAGAGGUUUACAGAAUGAGGAAUUUGUAAGGCAACUUCCAAAAUGCAAGCACACAUUCCACGCGCCUUGUAUAGACAUGUGGCUCUACUCUCAUUCUGAUUGCCCCAUCUGUCGGACAGUGAUUGAUCAGUUGCCGGAUGAAGGUGCAUUUACACCAGGCCGGAAGUCGGAGGUCUCUGUAGAUAUCAGCCCAUCAUUGACCUUAACAAGCAUCUCAAUAAUCUAG